AAAAAUAAUAAUAAUUUUAGUAUUAAAGCUCGGUCGAUCAAUCUUGCAAGCAAUCUCUCUGUUUACAUACAGAAACAACCGAUAUCUUCCAUCAAAUUGACGUUUGCAAUUCGAUUCUUCGAGAAAAAUGGGAGGUGAAGUAGCAGAUAAUUCAAGUGUUUCUGCUCGUGGGAGAUUAGCUGUUCUAUCAGCUCAUCUUUCUGCUUGUCUUGAAUCCAGUGCUUUUACUCCUGUUCUCGAGUCAUCGUGCACCUCCGCUCAGGUGUUUGUGUCUCCACCGCCUAAUUUGAAGGGUUCGUUGGUGAUCGCCGAUGAACGAACCGGCAAGAAGUACAAAGUUCAAGUUUCGGAGGAAGGGACAGUGAGAGCUACCGACUUGAAGAAGAUAACAACAGGAAACAAUGAUAAAGGUCUGAAGCUUUACGAUCCUGGUUACCUAAACACAGCUCCUGUUAGGUCAUCAAUCUGCUACAUUGAUGGUGAUGAAGGGAUCUUAAGAUACAGAGGCUACCCAAUUGAAGAACUGGCCGAAAGUAGUUCUUUUCUAGAUGUAGCCUACCUUCUAAUGUAUGGGAACUUACCUUCUCAAAGCCAAUUAGCAGACUGGGAGUUCACAGUAGCACAGCAUUCAGCUGUUCCUCAAGGAAUCUUGGAUAUUAUACAUGCCAUGCCUCAUGAUGCUCAUCCAAUGGGUGUUCUUGUCAGUGCAAUGAGUGCCCUUUCUGUAUUCCACCCUGAUGCCAACCCUGCUCUCAGAGGGCAAGAUCUGUACAAGUCUAAACCAGUGAGAGAUAAGCAAAUAGUGCGCAUACUUGGGAAGGCACCAACUAUUGCAGCAGCAGCUUAUCUGAGAAUGGCAGGGAGGCCUCCUGUUCUUCCUUCCAGCAAUCUUUCUUACUCUGAAAACUUCUUAUACAUGCUAGAUUCAUUAGGUGAUAAGGCGUAUAAACCAAACCCUAGACUUGCUCGGGUGCUUGAUAUUCUUUUUAUAUUACAUGCUGAGCAUGAGAUGAAUUGUUCAACAGCAGCUGCAAGACACCUGGCAUCAAGUGGUGUUGAUGUAUACACGGCUCUUGCUGGGGCUGUUGGAGCACUAUAUGGUCCUCUCCAUGGUGGAGCAAAUGAGGCUGUGUUAAAGAUGUUGAAUGAGAUUGGAACUGUUGACAAUAUCCCAGAGUUCAUUGAAGGUGUGAAAAACAGGAAAAGAAAAAUGUCAGGUUUUGGACACCGUGUGUACAAAAACUAUGAUCCCAGAGCCAAAGUUAUUAAAAAAUUGGCAGAAGAGGUUUUCUCCAUUGUAGGAAGAGAUCCCCUUAUUGAGGUAGCUAUUGCUUUGGAGCAAGCAGCAUUAUCAGAUGAGUACUUUGUGAAAAGAAAGUUGUACCCGAAUGUUGAUUUCUAUUCUGGGCUGAUUUAUAGGGCAAUGGGUUUCCCAACGGAGUUCUUUCCUGUUUUAUUUGCAAUCCCUCGAAUGGCUGGCUAUUUGUCACACUGGCGAGAGUCCCUUGAUGAUCCCGACACAAAGAUCAUGAGGCCCGCACAGGUGUACACGGGGGUAUGGAUGCGGCAUUACAUUCCUGCCCAAGAAAGGAUGUCAUCAACUGGGGCAGUAGUAGACAAGCUCGGGCAGCUUUCGGUCUCUAAUGCCACAAGGCGGAGGUUAUCUGGGUCUGGGAUUUGAGGCAACUUAAAGAGAGAGGGAGCAUAAGGGUUCAAAUUCAUCAUCUAUAUCUGAUUAUUGUUGUAUGAUGAUUGUAAUAAUAUGCAAUGGUCAAGUUUAUACUCAUGGUUCGAUUUAUUAUGUCAUGAUAUGAUGAUAUGGAUUCUAGUAAUAUUCG